AUGGACUCGGGAAGACAAUCCAGCGACAAAAGCGAUGAAAUAGAUCGCACCAAUUCUGAAGACAUGACCUUCGCCCCGAUUACCGGUGCAGAAACGCACGAGAAACGCGGUGCCCCAUUGCAGAAACAGAAAUCUAAUGCGUCUAAAUCGCUUGAGCGCAGCUGGUCGCUUAAUGAUGGUGUUAGUACUGGUGGGAAUGAUGUCGAGGCUGACGAGGCCGGUGUGGCGGAGGAUGACGAUUUCUAUACUGUUGGUUGGGAUGAGAACGAUCCGUUGAAUCCACGGAAUAUGAGUACUGCACGGAAAUGGCUGGUUACUAUGAUUGUUUCGACGGGUUCGCUUUGUGUGACUUGUACCUCAUCUAUGUAUACGACGACGUAUACGCAGUUGAUGGAUGAGUUUGGGUGUUCGCAGGAGGUUGCGACUCUUGGGUUGUCGUUUUUCAUUUGGGGUCUUGGAAUUGGCCCGCUGUUCUUGAGUCCCUUGUCUGAGUUCUAUGGCCGACGAAACAUCUAUAUAAUUUCGUUUUCGCUGUUCCUCAUCUGGCUGAUUCCAUGUGCCGUGGCUAAGAAUACCGCAACAAUGCUUGUCUCUCGAUUUUUCAAUGGACUGUCAGGUAGUGCAUUCCUGAGUGUCGCUGGUGGCACUGUGGGCGAUAUGUUUGGUCGCCAUGAACUUGCUUUCCCCAUGAUGCUUUAUACCGCGAGUCCAUUUGUUGGACCCGAAGUCGGUCCUCUUGUUGGCGGCUUCAUCAAUGCUUUUACUACAUGGCGUUGGACAUUCUAUGUGCUCCUGAUUUGGACCGGUGCCUUGCUAGUCUCGAUGAUCUUCCUUGUCCCGGAGACCUACCACCCAGUACUUUUGAGGCGCAAGGCGCAAAAACUCCGCAAGGAAACCGGAGACGACCGAUGGAAAGCUCCGAUCGAAAAGCUACAACGUUCCGUGGCGCAGACCGUCGUGCGGUCUAUGUAUCGCCCAAUUCUUCUGUUGGCAUUGGAGCCAAUGUGUCUGUGUCUUUGUAUCUUCUCGGCCAUUCUGCUGGGUAUCCUGUACCUCUUUUUUGGAGCAUUCCAGCUAGUCUUUUUCAACGUCUAUGGGCUGGAAAUCUGGCAGCGCGGUUUGUGUUUCCUUGGUCUGUUUGUUGGCAUGGUAUUUGCCAUUCUGUCGGAUCCAAUUUGGCGCCGGAACUAUAUUCGCCUGGAACGCAACCAUGAGAAAGCCUCGAACAAGAUCGAUGAUUUCCAACCGGAGUGGCGGCUCCCCCCAGCCAUCCUGGGUGCACCCUUGGUCACAAUAGGUCUGUUCAUCUUUGCUUGGACGAUCUACCCUGACGUUCAUUGGAUUGCACCCAUCAUUGGCAGUGGUGUUUUUGGAGCAGGGACAAUCCUCGUCUACUCAGGCAUCUUUACAUUCCUGGUCGAUGCAUAUCCAACAUUUGCCGCCAGCGCUCUGGCAGCGAACAGCUUCACUCGGUCGUCAUUUGGAGGUAUUUUCCCUCUAUUUGGAAUCCAAAUGUAUAACAACCUAGGAUAUCACUGGGCGACUUCCUUGCUCGCGUUCCUGACCCUUGUCAUGGCCCCAUUCCCGUACCUCUUUUACAAGUAUGGCAGCCGGAUCCGAAAGAAGAGCCGGUUCGCAACGUCACAGAUGUGA